AUGGCCAUCACCGCCCAGCAGAUCAUCGAGAUCAUCCUCUGCAUCCUGUUGCCGCCGCUGGCCGUGUUCAUGCACGCCAACGAGUGCAACAUCCACGUACUCAUCAGCGCGGUGCUCAUGCUCCUCGGCUACUUCCUGUCGCCCCUCCACGCCAUCUGGUACUGCUUCUUCCCGAGCUUACACGCCAUUCCAACGGACAUUAAUUUAACUUUUCCCCACGGCUUUAUGCAUUUAUUCACUGCCUCAUUGGAAAAAAUGGCCAUCACUGCCCAGCAAAUCAUCGAGCUUAUCCUCUGCAUCUUCUUGCCGCCGCUCGCCGUCUUCCUCCACGGAAAUGACUGCAACGCGCACGUGUUGAUCAACAUCGUGCUCUUCUGCCUCGGAUACAUUUUGGCCCCGAUUCACGCCAUCUGGUACUGCUUCUUCCAA